AGCCCUAUCGCUUCAUCAUCGCUGCAGCACGGCCGAUACCACCAUCGACGUUCGGGUCGCUCGCGCUGUUGCGUGCGGAGCCACUUUCUACGUGCAGUUGUUGCACCACCAUCACAUAGAGAGAGGCGCGUGCUCUAAUCGUUGAUUCUGGGGGUCACCGUUGCGUCCUCCCCUCUUUUAGGCGUCUCCUCACUUCGUUAUAUCCCCCCCCCCCUGCGAAGAUACACAUCGUGUGCCCUAUCCCCCCUCCCUCAAAGAAAACUCCUUUGUUUCGCUCUUGCAUUUUCCCCUCUUCACUUUACGAUAACACCGCGUCAAACAUUUAUGGGUUUUUUCUUGGUUUGAAUGCUGCAGCCGCGAGGGGACUUGAACCGUCAUCUCCUACACCAGUACAACCCUCGCACCUGUACGGCAGGUAUGCAGAUGUGUGAUGGUAUGGAUAGAACUGUGAGGGACUGCAUAGAUCAGCGUGUUUUUUUUUCUCUUUAGUUGUUGGCGGUUGCAGGAGAGUCGAAAGGAUUCUCUGCGGCCUUGAAAACUGCAGUUGAAGCAACAGUACCUGUAUCGUCGUCGUUAUAUAUUUAGGUUUCGCGAGUCAUGACGGAACGCGUGCAGGUGGUGGUGCGCAUACGCCCUUUCAUUCCCUCCGACCCACCCGAUGCCGGGCUGAACACCAUAGUGCUGGACGACACCCACGUCAGUGUGGGCAACAACCGCGUCUUCAAGGUUGAUGGGGUGUUCAUGAUGGAGGCGGAGAGUGAGGAGAUCUACACGGAGACCGUCGCCCCGCUCGUGGCGCGCUAUAUUGGUGGCUGCAAUGCCAGCGUGCUCGCGUACGGCCAGACGGGGACGGGGAAGACCUUCACCGUUCAGACGAUGCUGCCGCUGCUGCUGACGCAGGUGCUGGAGAGUUCCGCCAUUCGUGAGGGCGCCACCUCGGCCAGAGACGCCGCCGACGGCCCAGCACGGCCACCGCUGCUGCGAUUGCAGUACGUCGAGGUGUACGGGGAAACCGUACGUGACCUCCUCGAGGACCCGUCCACACGCCUCGAUCCAAGCAAGCCCAACAGGCUACGACUGGCGACGACAACUGCGGCAUCUCCAACGCGGCGGCGAAGUACCUCACCGCCGGCCGGGGGGUCGGAAGCCAAACCACCGAGUGCGCUGCUACCCCCUUCUCCAUCUUCAUCUGUCGUGCACACGAGCUGCGCCGUGCUGGGUGCCACCAUCGUGCCAGUUCACACUAUCAAAGAAGCCGCGGAGUUCAUCGCCCUGGGCGACGCGCGACGUGCCACCGGUGCCACCAACGUGCACGAGCACUCCAGCCGCAGUCAUGCCAUUCUCACCCUCUUCCACCCUCGCUUUGCGUGUCGGCUGGACGUGGUCGACCUGGCAGGGUCGGAGCGAGGGAAGAAGACCGGCAACACGGGGAUCCGCUUUCAGGAGAGCAUCGGCAUCAACACGGGUCUGCUGGCCUUGGGGAACGUAAUCCGCGCGCUCAGUCGCAACCAUCGUGCGGCGCUGACCAAGGAAGCCAACAUCGUCGCCGGCGGUGACCAGCGGCAUCCCCGCGGCGACCGCCUCACCCCGGCAUCCCCUGCUUCUCGGCCCGAUGUGGGCGGCAGCUCGCAGCACAUCCCGUACCGCAGCAGUAAGCUGACGAGACUGCUGCAGGACACGCUGGGCGGCAGCAGCGCCACUCUUUUUAUCGCCUGCGUUGCCCCAGACACGUACAACCGCGAUGAGACGCUGCGGACGCUGCAGUACUGCUCCCUGGCGCUGCAGGUCCUGAACACGCCUUUUCGCCAGUAUGACCGUCUGCAGCGUGCGCAGUCGCGUGGUCGUCGAGGGCAUAGCAGAUCUGCCGUCAACAGCCCUUCUUCUGAACCCCACGAGGAGGGGGCCCACGAACCUGGCAUCGACGGCCCAUCAGGCCACGGUGAGAGCAGGGCCGCGUUAGUGGCACGCAUUGACGAGCUGCAAGCCUCCUCCGCUUUACUUCAGCAGCAGUACGAUGAGCAAGACGAGGUGCUCGCAAGCAUUUGCGAGUCCUACGCGGACGCCAAGGAGAGGCUGGAGCUGUGGGAGAGGGAGCUGCGCAAGGACGAGGGCCUCUUCACGCAGCAAAUACGCGUGGUGCAGCUGCUGAUGCAGGAGAAUCAGAGGCUGCGCCACCGACUUGGGAAGUUAAAAGCGACCGCGAUCGCGAGAAGCGAGAAGCAUCGCGGCGGCCAGCAUCGUGAUGCGAGCGCCGGCGUUCUCGACGCCGGUGACCACAGAGAGAACGUACCAGCCGUGAAGGAAGCGGCCGAGUUGGACGCGUUGCAAAGCGACGCCACCGCACUGCUGCGAAAUCUCCUCCACCGACACAACGCAAUGUCCGCCGCGGCUACCGUGCAGAAACACAGAGGUGAAGGUCCUCUCGCAGCCGAGGCUGGCGUACGCGCCGCUGCAACGACGGCGCCACCGGCCGACGACCCUCCUCCUGUCUCCGCUCUCUCACCUUACCGUCACCUGAAUUUCAAAUCAGGGACGACGUUGCCCGACAGCUUUGGCGUGGACGGCGUGCCACCCCUCCGCACGAUUGCGACGGAGACAGCGACGCCCGGCGCAGCGUCGGCGGCGGCGUCAGAGCCGGUGCAGUCGUUUAUUCGGAGCCUGCUGCGGCAGCACGGCAUCUUGACGGGGAAGGAAAACGCCGAUGCGGCGCGUGCUGCGGCACCGGGCGGAACGACUCUCCCGACACCGUUGCACGGGAUCAGCGACGGAGAUGAAGUUCUCCGUCAACGCACCCCGCAGGACGCGGCGUGGCGGACGGAGGCCUCACCGCUGCACGACGCGACGGUGCCUGUCGUGACCCCUCCUGUGCCUGAAACUGCGUUGAUGCAGCCCGUUAAAGCUGCGGUGUACCCCUCCGCCGGUGGUAAUGCGGCAGCAACGACACCGCCGUCUUUCUAUUCCCGCCAACGUGCCCAAAGAGUCGCAGAGGAACGGGAGACCGAUGUGCCGCGUAGCGCAGAAGGUGAUGUGCAGCUGCUUCAGCUGGCCAGCGAGCUGCUACGCUACGAGGAGACGAACACCGAUCUGCGCAACCAGGUCCGUCUCUUGCAAGCCAAGGUGGACGACAAGGCGCGUGAGGCGGCCCGCUUGCGGCUGGAGGUGCAAGACAUGAAGGACGCGUACUCAUCUCUUUCCGCAAUGACAGAGUGA